GUGAGAGCCCCGCGGCUAUCUUGUAACUGUUAGCACUGACGUUAGCACUGUAGCUCACUUUGCAGACACGUAUACACAGAGUUUAGACACAUGUUGGAGUUACGCUGGGAGAAAUGCUAAAUCCGAAUAAGGAAUUCACCUGCUUUCCCACUCUCACGAAUUAAGCUGAUCAACUAAAACCGUAAUAAGAAGAGAACAUUUGUUGCCAUCCAAAAAACUGAGACUGCAGCAUCCUAAAAGCCAUCACUCCUGGCCCAGCCAUGUUCGGCACAGAGUCAUCAUUAAGCAUGUUUCUCAACACCUUGACUCCCAAGUUCUACGUGGCUCUGACAGGCACUUCAUCCCUCAUAUCUGGACUCAUAUUGAUCUUUGAGUGGUGGUAUUUCAGGAAAUAUGGGACUUCCUUCAUAGAGCAAGUGUCUGUGAGCCACUUGCGCCCCCUGCUGGGUGGAGUGGAUAGCAGUUCUCCCAGCAGCUCUAACACAAGCAACGGAGACGCUGACUCCAAUCGGCAAAGUGUGUCUGAAUGUAAAGUUUGGAGAAAUCCUCUAAAUUUAUUUCGUGGAGCUGAAUAUAAUCGUUAUACAUGGGUAACAGGUCGAGAGCCACUGACUUACUACGACAUGAAUCUGUCAGCACAGGACCAUCAGACCUUCUUCACAUGUGACUCAGACCACCUGCGACCAGCCGAUGCCAUCAUGCAGAAGGCGUGGAGAGAAAGAAACCCACAGGCUCGCAUCUCUGCAGCACACGAAGCACUGGAGCUAGAAGACUGUGCUACAGCAUACAUCCUCCUGGCAGAGGAGGAAGCCACCACCAUAAUGGAGGCUGAGCGGUUAUUUAAACAGGCGCUUAAAGCUGGAGAGGGCUGCUACCGCCGCAGCCAGCAGCUGCAGCACCACGGCACACAGUACGAAGCCCAGCACAGAAGAGACACCAAUGUGUUGGUGUACAUAAAGAGGCGGCUGGCCAUGUGCUCCAGAAAGCUGGGCCGAACACGAGAAGCAGUCAAGAUGAUGAGAGAUUUGUGUGUUUUCCAGUUAAUGAAGGAGUUCCCUCUCCUCAGUAUGUUCAACAUCCAUGAGAAUCUGCUGGAGUCACUACUGGAGCUCCAGAACUACGCCGAUGUCCAGGCGGUUCUGGCCAAGUAUGACGAUAUUAGCUUACCCAAAUCUGCAACAAUAUGCUACACAGCUGCCUUGCUCAAAGCCAGGGCAGUAUCGGACAAGUUCUCUCCAGAGGCAGCGUCCAGGCGGGGCCUGAGCACAGCAGAGAUGAAUGCAGUAGAAGCCAUCCACAGAGCGGUGGAGUUCAACCCUCAUGUCCCCAAAUAUCUGCUGGAGAUGAAGAGUUUAAUUCUUCCUCCAGAACACAUCCUGAAGAGAGGCGACAGCGAAGCCAUCGCCUACACCUUCUUCCACCUGCAGCAUUGGAAACGGGUGGAGGGAGCACUCAACCUGCUGCACUGUACAUGGGAGGGCACAUUCAGAAUGAUUCCAUAUCCUCUAGAGAAGGGUCACCUCUUCUACCCCUACCCCAUCUGCACAGAGACGGCCGACAGAGAGCUGCUACCCACAGUGUUUCACGAGGUGUCGGUCUACCCCAAGAAGGAGUUGCCCUUCUUCAUCCUCUUCACGGCGGGCCUCUGCUCCUUCACCGCCAUGUUGGCUCUGCUCACACACCAGUUCCCUGAACUCAUGGGAGUGUUUGCUAAGGCAUUCCUCAGCACGCUGUUUGCUCCUCUGAACUUCAUCAUGGAGAAGGUGGAGAGCAUCCUGCCGUCCAGCCUCUGGCACCAACUCACUCGCAUCUGACCCCCAACUCCCCGCUCCGUCCCGUACGACUCCAACGGAACACCACCGGAGUGCGGACCCUACCUGACCUCCAUGCAGACAAACGGCUGAGCAGAAAUCCAGAAUGCUGCGUUGGACUGGACUGACACGCCUUUGUGCCAACAUUACAGAGUUCAAACCAACUGGAAGCAGAUGAGCGGAGCAGGAGGCCCACAGAACAGCCAUAUCCAUCACCGGUUUGGACUUUCUUUGACGUCUUUGCAUUUUGGGGGCAUUUCAGUUGUUUAAAGCUGUUCUUUUUGUUGUACAAACAGACAUGAUUAAAUCCCAUCAAUAAAAAAAAGAAGGGAAAAAAUGUCAAUAAAGGACUUUUUGUGUAUCUCUGCAAGUCGGUAUCUUCAAGGUGUUUUGUCUGUGGUUUUGGUUCAGCUCUUCAAUAGAAAUCAUUUCAGAUUUUACCCGUCACAUUCUCGCCAUGAGGUCAGGGGUGCGUCACUGACCUCCUGGGAGGGAGAAAAAGAGCUGAAACCUCAAACCAGAGUGAUGUGACUCGGCUCCAAACGUGAAGAAAGGAGAGGAUGUAAAACAUCUGAACGUUUCAACACGAGGAAAUCCGGCAAAACAAACU